GGAGAGCUGCUUGACGCCAUGGGACAAUUCACAGCCUGAGGACUAAAUAUUAACAACUUAUACAGUAUUUUACACGCCACUGUUGAGUUUGAAGUAAAUCCUCCACAUUAUGUCAGAGAAGAAAUCCAGACCCUCAGACGCACGUCCCAAAAACCUGCGUAGCUGGAGUGUGGACAGCUACAUCCGCAGCGUUAAGAAGCGCUCUCGUGGUCCGCGCCAUGACGCCCUUGCAAAAGGAGAGGAAGGAGACACACCGGAUGAGCAGAACAUCCGCUCAACUUCCUGUCCCCAGAGACGGAGGGAAAGGAAAUGCAGCUGCACAGCAAUCGGAGAUGGAGACAUAGACUCCAUGUGCAGAAAAGCGCUGUCUCGCCGAUCUCUCAGACAGAAGUUCCAGGAUGCAGUGGGGCAGUGUCUCCCUCUCCGUGGCCACCAUCAUCAUCACCACCACCACCAUCAUCACCAUCAUCACCAGAGCGGGUCGUCACGCCCGUUCUCUGUGCUCCUGUGGUCCAAGCGUAAGAUUCACGUGUCUGAACUCAUGGAGGACAAGUGUCCCUUCUCGCCAAAGUCCGAACUGGCGCAGUGUUGGCACCUUAUCAAGAAGCAUGGCACACAUCAGAAUGCAUCAUUAGUCCUUGAGGAUCACAAAAGCAGAAGGAUGUCCACAUCGCCUUCUGCGUUUAUUUCCUGGGAGGAAGUCAGUUCUAACGGUGCUUCCAGUUUGACCGAUUGGGACUCGUCCUUUAUUCAUGGAGCUCCCCAGUGUUGCGCACAUGCCGACUACAUCUUAGUGCCUGAUCUUCUUCAGAUCAACAACAACCCUUGUUACUGGGGCGUCCUAAACCGUUUUGAGGCUGAGCAGCUUCUAGAAGGCCAGCCUGAAGGCACGUUCCUGCUCCGUGACUCUGCGCAGGAUGACUACCUGUUCUCAGUCAGCUUCAGACGUUAUAGCCGCUCUCUGCACGCCCGCAUAGAGCAGAGCGGCAAACGCUUCAGCUUUGACUGCCGUGACCCCUGCAUGUACAGAGACGUGAGUGUCACAGGUCUUCUGAAGCACUACAGCGAUCCAGCCACAUGCCUGUUCUUUGAGCCGCUCCUGUCUCGACCCCUGCCAAGGAACUUCCCCUUUUCCCUGCAGCAUCUGUGCAGGGCGUUAAUCUGUAGCUGCACUACAUAUAAGGGCAUUGAGACUUUGCCCCUGCCUCACACACUCAGGGAUUACCUCAGGCAAUACCACUUCAAAUGUGACGGGACUUGCGAUGUGUAACGAGCAAACGAAUCGUAGGAACGUACUUUCCUGAGAGGUGUAAUUUUUUACAGAAGAUUGCACAUGCAAAAUGGCGAAGUUACAGCCACCUCUCAGAGUCUGAAAAAGCAUUAUCGUCCCUGGGUUUCGGGGUGAGAUGAAGGUCUUCCUUUCUACAAUCAAUCUUGAGCUUCUUUUAGCUCAUUAAAACAUGACAGGGUAAUAAUAGUAACAGUAAUAACAUUACAGCUACGAAAAAAAAAACUGAAGUAGCAUAAAAAAGUUCCUGUGAUUUCAUGCACUCUCAGAAAUAAAGGUACCAAAAUCUACUAUCUCUUGUUGUUGCUGUUGUACCAUCUUUUGUAUCGCUAGACUGAAAAAAAUGUACAUUAAACCCACACCCCU